AUGCAGAUGUAUCUUUGCUCCGGAGACGAUCCCAUCAGUGCCUUGUUGCUCCGCGCCGAGUCUAUAGUCUGGUUUCCAAGAAUCCCGCGUGUCACCGAGAACCAACAUCUCCCGACCGUCAAUAACGUCGCCAUUGGCAAUCGGCACCCGCUGCCGGCCACCGAAGUGGACAACGACCUCCGUAGCAUUGGAGCUUGGUCUGACGGGGUUGAAGCAAGCAUACGAGCAGCUGAAGCAGCAGCUACAAGAGCAGCAAGUAACUCCUUGUCAGCUGUGUCCCUAGAGUCCCCAACCACCGUCGAGCGACCGAUACCCCCUGAAGAGUCCUUCUUCAACGAGACCUCCAUAAAAUGGGCGAGGGUUUGGGAUACACUGUAUGUUGGAUGGAGUUUGUAG